GCAGCCCAUGUGCAGCACAGUGAUCAGCGAGUUGUCAGUGUCAGGCUCAGGGUUGGCAAACAGGAACUUCAACCUACCGCCACACAGAUACAGUGUGAGCAUCUACACUCUGUGGCCACAUCAUGGGCAAUUGCAUUUCAAGGAAAAAGAAGAACGGGAAAGAUGGAAACGGCAGUACACACAACAAGCCUCAGGAGGAUGUAACGUACGCCUCCAUUGACCACGGCAACACCAAAGGACCGAGUCGAGCCAGAACCUCCGCGGAUGACGAUUGUGACUACGCCACCGUUUACGUCCCGGCAGCACUCGCAGCCGCAGACGUUUCUGAAUGCUCGUCUAAAGACGAAGGGGCAGAAGAUUACGUGCUCAUGGGGUAAAAGGAAAACAAGGGGAAGUUCAUUAGAACUAUUGCAAGGUGCAGGACUUGUAGAUACCACAGACAGAAUAAAGUUUCUGUUAAUCAAAUCAUGAUCUUCAGUGAAGAAACUGUGGCAGCGAACAGAGUGACACAUUCAGCGGCAGGAGAUUGCGGAAACAACACAUUUGGCUCCGCUACUGAGAAAACCGUUAUAUUUAAACAGAUCUGCUGUCACUAAUAUUUUCCAUUGCAGAUAAAGGUUUGCUCGGUAUCCACAGGCAAGCAGCGUCCAGAUGACAUAACCAGUUUUCCCUAACAACUGGACUGUUUGCAUAGUAAAAUUGCAGAAUUGUUUUCUGCCUUCAUGACCUUUGCCACAUAAUCCAUGAUGGAAGUGAGUGAAAGUGUGGGACAGAGCACGUAUAUAUGCAACUGUGUACACAACUGUAUACACAACAAACACUUUUGUGCAUAUUUUGUAACAUUGUUCCUGAGAAAAACUGCGCUCCAGGUUUUACAACCGUGGAUAUUUAAGGCUUUAGAAUUACUCUUUGUUUUGCUUUUUUCAAGCAUUUUCAAAAUGCCGGCAUUUACCUACAAGAUGUUCUAAACGAGAUGCAUAUGAAAAAAACGUCUAAUUUACUGCGAGUGUGUUUCUUUUGUUUUUAUUGAUAUUUUAGUUAUUAAAACCCCUUUUUGCCACAUUUGUUCAUUAUUCAGUUGUAUUAAUCAACUGAAUCACUGAAAAAGUCUUUGAGACAUAAUGGCAACAAUCUCCUUUAAGGUCAAACCUUCGAUAUGGUUCUUACAUUAAAUACAUUUAAUACCAAAUCCUGUGUCCAGGAGAAAUAGACAAGAUGAAAACUCAGUGUGUUCAAGUGUGUCAUGGACAGAAAUGCAUUUAGCAGUUUUCUCUUUUCUGUUCAACUUAUUAAACUAUAGUAUUUAAGUGUCA